AUGGUUUCACAUACCCAGAAACCAAAGCCCGGGGGCAGUCCGGAUCCCAACUCUACCCGCAGACUUAGACCGAAGCCCAAGCCUGGGAUUCAUAUCGAGUUUUGUCAAAAAUGUGGCCAUCUCCGAGAAGAGCCCACGCCAUCAUGUGCUGAGUGCGGCGCAAUCAUUGUAUCAAAGCGUCAGCCCUCAAAGACGGCUGCAGAUGGCGGUUCCGAUGACACUCGUACCUCGACCACGAAAGACAAUGAUAACGAUCUCAUGGAGAUUGACUCCAGCAGCGGCAGCAAUGACAACUGCGCGGGUGAAGCCCCCCCCGAGGUUGCAAAUGAGCGUACAGCUGCUGCUGCUGCUGCAGAAUACGAUUCGUCCAAGGCAGAAGAAGUGCCCGUGCCAGCUCAGAAGGACAUCUCCUUCCAAGAUCGUCCCCCUGCUGGGGCACUCCCAUCGGAGCUCCUCAGCAGUAUAACUCCCUGGACGCCCGUGGACUCCUCGACACUCAUGGGCCCUCCAGUACCCGAGAGCCAGGUCACGCACAUGGCCGCUAUGGCAAGCAACAUGCAUGCUUCGGUACAUGUACCUAUGGGUGCUCCAGCAUCCAUGAAUCCAGAAGCAUUUUACGCGAGCUUCCCCGGAUCCUCGAGUUCUGCCUCGUCUGUGGUGUCCCCGGCAUUUGCAGCUCCAGCAACCAUGCCUUCUCGAGCAGCUAUGUACCAAUCAUCCAUGAGCUCCUCAGCGACUACAAAUCCUCAGACAAGCAUGGGUCCUUCAACGUCCAUGUCUCCUCCAGCGGUUGACCCUUGUGUGUCAGCUACGUCCGGCCCAAGUCGCAUAGUCCCCCCAGAAGGCAUGAGUGUAACCGAAUUUUACUCUGCCGCAAUGGAUGAUUCUAAUGACACGGGCUUCCCAAUGAUGAGAGCUCGCAUACCAGUCACAAUGAUCCAUCCAAGGAGAAAGGCCACCCUCCGAAUGAGGAAGAGACCUCCACCAGCAGCACGUCCAAGGCAACAGCCGGCCUUGAAUGCUGGGGCACCCAUGCUUCCUUCGCCACCUGAAGAUACCCCAGCAUCGGGAGGAUCUCCAGCUGCCACAAGUUCCUCAACCGCAGCCAACCCUCCUCCAGUCACAGUUUCAGCGCCGUCCACGACUCCCGCUGUAGAGAUUGGUAGGACGAUGGCCACAACUUCUCCAGUUGUCGAUAGUGAUCCCCAGUCAUUCGUGAGUGCCACGCCAGAAACAACUCUUCCAGUAUUCACAGGUCCGGCACUCACAAAUAUGCCAGUGAACGAGAGCUCUUCGGCCGUUAGUGGCCCAACAUGCACAAGUCUUCCGGCAGCCAUGGACGCCCUUGCUGCCGUGAAUCCCCAGGUAACCAUGGACUGUGCAUUAUUCAAGAGUCUUUCAGCCGCCCUCAAAUCGGAAAAUCCUCAGAUGGAAGCUCAUCUCAAGGCGUAUGGACCCCCACCUACCAACGCCGGAAAUUACUUGUAUAUUAUCCAGACCAGCUACUGCUAUACAUCCAGAGCGGCAGACGGUAUUCCCAUGAAGCUGGAUCCAAUAACUCAAAAAGAACUCAUUCACUUGGAGGCACUCGCUACGAAUCCUCCCAUUUCCUCUACUUCACACUUCUUCAUGCCACCUCGAAGCUUGUCCAUCUAUCUCCUCAAAAUAUACCGCCACGAGGUCUACUUUACCUAUCCGUUUUUCAACAUGAACCAAUUUGCGGAAGCUGUGAUGAAGUUCUUCAUGCUCAUCACCAAGUCGGAUGUCUCAUCUGCCUUUCUUGGCCUCGGUUGCUCAGACGAGUCCAACCCCACCACACCUUUAUUUCAAUGCUCUCUCUUCAUGAUCCUCUGGCACGCUGUCUACUUUUCGAAUCUAGAGCAAGAAGACAAGGUGUUUGCUUCCCGCGUUUUCUGGAAGUGCGCAAAGUUCUUCAUGACGGAGGAACUUCUCAAGACGAGCUGCCUGGCAGCCGUACAAACCCAGCUCAUCAUUGCCGUGGCUCUCAACAGCUCCAAUGUUCAGGGGAAGGAAAGGAAAAUUCCUGCCGAGUUGGCCUAUCGUAUUGCACAAAAUUUGGGAAUCGACGACGAAAAGAACCUGCCUACAGCCGCUGCAGAAGGUGUUCAUGAUGCCGAUAGACAGGCUUGGUUUUCUCAAACAAGAAACUCUGAUUUGCCCAUAAACUCCGGCAUGAGCAAGUCCCCGCUCGCCACCCGUCGCUAUCAAUCUCCCGCCGGCAGCGUAGAGUUCAACUUCUUCAUCAAAUGCGUCAUUUACGCAGAAGAGUUGGAAACGAUUCUGGGGAACAUUCGCAAAACUCGUGAGCCAACAUUGGAACGAUUUCCAGACGGCCAAUAUAAUCAAUAUGACGACAUUAUUCCCAUACUACACGAAAAGCUCCACGAAUUCAUCAAGUCACUACCCGAGGAGCUCGGUUGGGGUAUCUCGGGCUUACCAGACGAUUACGUCCGCAUUGGCAAUUUUAAUGAGCCAAAGGCAACCUCAAAUGCCAACUUCAUGCACUUGCGCGCCAUGCUCUUUCGGCCGAUACUCAUGCGUGUCGGCAUAGACGGAUACAUUGAACCAAAGUCGAUAACACACAAGAUCGACCCUGUCGUCAAGGAUAAGACUCUCACGUAUGCAAUGAGCUGCGUCAACACCGCCACGGGUUUGAUCGAUUUCCUCUACAAGAGAUUCAUAGUCGAGAUAAAGAGCAACAGAGAGUGGUGGUGGAGUCCAUACCAUACUAGCACAGCAGGCCUCGUCCUCGUCAUGGCUCAGACAUCCGCAACGUUGUGGUCACACGUCCAGGUAGAGUCUGUCAAGAAAGCCUGGGACUCUUGUCAACAUAUGCUCGGCUUCGACGCCGCGAACAACCCCUUUCACAAAAACGCUCUUCGGUACCUAUGGGGUAUAAACAAGCGCAUUACUGGAGCCCGUGUGCUUAAAAACGACCAUGGUUACCUCCAGCUCAAACUCCCAAAACCCGCUGUCACCUGGACCUUUCAUGGGAUCCCCUAUUCGCCGUCUGUGAAUCCCCGCUCACCAUUUCCGGAUCCCGCAGGGACUUCACAUCCAGUGUAUCCCAAUUCAGACAGCAGAGCUCCAUCACAGGCUUUACAGCCAACUCCGAGUUCGAGUGUGUUUCCAUAUACAGCUCCUUCGAGCUUGAAUGCGGCUCCUUUCACAGCGUCAGCUUCUUCUGCAAGUUUCACCACCAUGUCCUCGGCCUCGAAUGAAAUGGUUUCUUCGGGAUCUGGAGCAGUUGCCAAUGCAAAUUUUACAAACUAUAAUACGAUUGCUUAUGCUCCACUGCCGAACGCGAGCAUCGUUCCUCGGUUUACGACUUCAUCGGGUGUUAAUACAGUUCCAUAUAUAGUUCCUUCGACGUCGGGUGCAGUCCCACCCUUCAAUGCUCCGGCUUCUGGUGUCUAUCCGGUAUCUGCCAGCUCAGGAAGCGGCCCUUUCCCGUUCCCCUGGGAUUCAAACAUGAUUAUUCCUGCUGCUCCGGCGUCUGCCGACGGUUCCUAUACUGCUGCUUCAAACUCGAUUGCCGUUCCACCUGCAGCUCUUUCAGAGUAUACCAUAGCACCUUAUGCUACCUCUUCACACUGGAAUACGAAUUCAUAUGCAACUUCUUCAGAGCCUGCUACCUUUCUUCACAAUGACGGUACGCACUCGAAUACGGCUCCAACCACAACUUCUUCGUGUGUUGCGCCGGCUCCAUACACAGGUCCCUAUACGGCAUUCUCCGACCCCAACGCAACUCUUUACACCGAAGAAUCCGCGAAUCUCAAUGGAGCAGUGUGGCCAGAUAUGUCGGCGUACAACUUAACACCUGCGUCUUCUAGAACAACGGCCAGUCUGUCAACAUCCGAUCCCAAUCUUGCUAAUUAUGGCAACAUUGAGGACGUUGAUGGCAGUGGAAUGGAGACACAGGUAUUUUACCAGCCAUCUACUAAGGGAUUUGCAUAUUAUAACCCUGAUGAAGACCCAUUUGUCGCUUCCAACAAGCAGAGCUGA